AUAGUAAGUGAAUAGCACCCGAAUCAGUAUGUUCCCAAAGCCGCUACAAAAGUUCACCAAUCUAAAUGUGUCCACUCCCGUGGAUAAGGAGGUUCAGUGCCCUUACAAUAUAACCAACAAAGGCUACGGCAAGGAUGCGGUGAAGCUGUUGCAUGUGGAUCGCAAUGGACCAGUACACACCAUUCAGGAGCUGGAAGUGGGCACACAUCUCAAGCUCACCACCAACAAGGAGUACGUAUUGGGCAUCAACUCGGAUGUGGUCGACUCCGAUGCGAUGAAAAACGUCGUUUACCUGCUUGCUAAAAAAUAUGGCAUCGAAGGUCCCGAGAAAUUUGCUCUUCUUGUUGGCAAUCACUUCUUGGCCACAUAUGCGCAUGUAUAUGAGGCUCAUGUCCGUGUGGAGGCUUAUCCUUGGCAACGCAUACGACAAGGGGAUUCAGAGGACACUGGUAAAGGACAACAAUCUCAGCCGCACAAUCACGCCUUUGUCUUUGCGCCCACUGCUGUGCAUUUCUGCGAUAUUAUUGUGAGACGUAAUGAUCCUAAGCAAACAGUUAUUAGCGGUAUUAAGAAGCUUCGCGUGCUGAAGACCACAAAAUCGUCGUUUGUGAACUUCGUUGACGAUGUAUAUCGCACGACGCCAGAUCAAUUUGAUCGUGUGUUCAGCGUGAUUGCCGAAGGCACCUGGGAGUAUUCUUGCACGAAGUCAGUCGACUUUCUGAAGGCCUGGCAGACUGUACGCGAUGCUUUGUUGAAGAACUUUGCCGGUGAUCCAAAUGUGGGCGUAUCCUCGCCCUGUACGCAGAAUACCGCGUAUCUGAGUGCGAAGGAUGCGCUUGAUGCUGUGCCACAAAUAGCCGUUAUAUCAAUUACAUUGACCAACAUGCACUACUUCACUUUCGACACGAAACCCUUCCAGCAGGUGGCGCCCGGUGAUAAUAAUGAGGUCUUCAUGCCAGUCGAGAAACCACAUAGCAGCGUCUACGCUGAGUUGUCGCGAAAGAAUCUCUAAAUCAGCUGAAAUCCGUUGAAUAAAAUGUAAGAUUUAAAGAUCAAUUCACUUACUGAAAGAAGAUUUAAGCGUGUUCAAAUAGACCAAUAUCCAUAACAAAAAAUAAAUACAAUUUAAAUACCCAAA